AUGGCUCUUCAUUUUAAGAAGGACGGAAGUUUGGAUAUGCGAUAUAGUUCAUCAAGAGCAGCAAUGUCAUCUGGAUUUAGUAUGGGUUCUUUUGGAUAUUCUUCGGGCCCAAGCUUUUCACCAAUGUCUUUUGGAUCGAGUGCUUCUUCUGGACUUCAUUACAAGAAAGAUGGCACUUUGGAUAUGCGAUACAGUUCUUCGAGAGCUGCUUCUUCUUCUUCUGCGCAUUUUAGUCAAAUAAAUCGUCCACCUAGCUCUUCUGGCCUUCAUUACAAGAAAGAUGGUACUUUGGAUAUGCGAUAUAGUUCAUCGAAAGCUACUGCUCAGCCAGUUCAUAUAAAUCGGCCACCUAGUUCUUCCGAGCUUCAUUACAAGAAAGACGGUACAUUAGACAUGCGGUAUAGUUCUUCGAGACAUGCUGUUCCUUCGACGCAGUCCAGUUAUGUAAACCGACCGCCAAGUUCGUCUGGACUUCAUUAUAAGAAAGAUGGUACCUUGGAUAUGCGGUAUAGUUCAUCGAGAGCUGCUGCUCCCUCUGCUCAGCCAACUCAUAUAAAUCGGCCACCUAGUUCUUCCGAGGUUCAUUACAAGAAAGACGGUACAUUAGACAUGCGAUACAAUUCUUCAAAAACUGCUGCAUCUUCUGCGACUUCCAGUCAUGCAAAUCGAACACCUAAUUCUUCUGGACUUCAUUAUAAGAAAGAUGGUACUUUAGACAUGCGAUAUGCAUCAUCUAAAAGUGCUAUGAGUAAUUGUGCACGUGGAAACACAUUUUUUGAUCAUGCAAUACCAAAACACAUUCCUGUGACAAAAAGUGGUAUUCCAGAUAUGAGAACAACAGCUGCUAAAGAAUGGGUUAGACAACAAGCCCAAAACGGCACAGAAGAUAUUCCUUCAUGGAUACCUAAAACAAAAGAUGGUUCCCCAGAUAUUUCAAAAGCAAUAACGCAGGAGUACUUGAAAUGGAAAGAUACACCAUCAACAAACUAUGAUCCAGAUCAACGAUUAGCCUAUUAUCUUCAAAAAUUAGAAGACAUGUUCUUUCGAAAUCUUGUGGAAAAUGCUAGAGAAGAUAAUGUUGACAUGCCUCAAUAUGAAAUGUUACCCGAAACACCAGAAAUUCAGCGUCAAUUCGCUUCUCAAGCAAUGCGAAAUUGUGGUAGACAAUAUGAUGAUGAACCUUAUGAAUAUGAUAUAUCACCUGAAACAUCAGCAAGCCGUAGUCAAUAUUCUUCUCGAACGAUGCGUAGUACUAUUAGACAAGAUGAUGAAUAUGAUAUGCGCAGCGAAAUUUCCGAAACAAUUCCAGUUAUUAAUUAUAGAGAUUUGAAUAUUAAUCCAGACGAUAAAUUAGGUCAAGGUUCAUUUGGUAUUGUAUAUAAGGCUACAUGGAAUGAUCAGAUUGUUGCAGUAAAACAACUACAUUUAAACAAAUUGACCAGACAAGAAAAGAAAUCAUUCGUCAAAGAAAUUCGAAUCAUGUCGACUUUAGGCAAACAUCCAAAUUUAGUCGAUUUAUAUGGUUAUACAUUAGAACCACCUUGUCUUGUUAUGGAAUAUGUUGAAUUAGGUUCUUUAAGUUAUUUGCUUCAUUAUUGUGAAGAUCCACAAAUAGAAGCAAAAAUAACAGACGGAAGAAUAAAGAAGAAACUUAUUCUUGGAAUUGUUCUCGGAAUGAUUCAAUUACAUAAUGUUUAUAUUGUUCAUGGAGAUUUAAAACCUCAAAAUGUUUUAGUUUCAGAAGAUUAUACAGCUAAAGUGACAGACUUUGGUUUUGCAAUACUUCGUGGAAAAACUUCAAGUUCUAUUGCCUCUUCAGUUACAUCUGAUGAUGGUGAUGCACUAGUGUGUGGUACUGCAGGCUAUAUGGCUCCUGAACUGAUAAAUAGUUCAACUCCACCAGAUUACUCCAGUGAUGUUUAUUCAUUUGGUGUUAUGUUAAACGAAAUUAUUCAGGAAGAAGAACCAUAUGCCGACCAAUUCCGGAAUUUUCUGGGACGAGGACCAUUUGCUGCUGUUAAUUACGCUAGAUUAGGCAAUCGACCAAGAAUCAGUUCAAGAACUCCACCCUUCUUGAAGAACUUCAUCGAAAAAUGUUGGCACCGUGAUCCUCGAAGCCGGCCGACGUUUCAACAAAUUUUUAAUGAUCUUCAACCGUCGCAUAGCAAAUUUCCAGACUCUUUUGAAUUAUAA